GGCAGGAGCCCGGCGCCCUGCUGACUUCGGGGAACCGGAGUCCGGAGCGCUCUCCGGGUGUUCGAGGGCCCGAUCGCGAGGCCGCGGCCGCGGAGAAGGCAGCAGGUGCGCCGUCCGGCGGGAGCGCGGCGGCCCGGGAUGCGGACGCCGGUGGCGAUGACGGUGGGCAUGGUAUUCGCGCCCUGCGGGCUGCUGCUCAACCUGACCAGCACGCUGACGCCCGGCUGGCGGCUGGUGAAGGGCUUCCUCAACCAGCCGGUGGACGUGGUGCUCUACCAGGGCCUGUGGGACAUGUGCCGCGAGCAGAGCAGCCGCGAGCGCGAGUGCGGCCAGCCCGACGACUGGGGCUACUUCGCGGCCGAGCCCGUGCGCGUGGCGCGGGGGCUCAUGGUCACAUCGCUGGCCAUCACGGCCCUGGGGCUGCUGCUGGCGUCGCUCGGCGUGCGCUGCUGGCAGGAAGAGCCCCGCUCCGCGCUGGCCGGCCUCUCCGGCUUGGUGCUCUUUGCCGCGGGCCUCUUCAGCCUCAUCCCGGUCUCCUGGUACAACCACGUCUUGGGGGACCGCGCCGUCCUGCCCGCCCCGUCCAGCCCGGUCACGGUGCAGGUCAGCUACAGCCUGGUGCUGGGCUACCUGGGCAGCUGUCUGCUGCUGCUGGGCGGCUUCUCGCUGGCACUCAGCUUCGCGCCCUGGUGCGAGGAGCGCUGCCGUCGCAAGGCGCCCUCGGGCGGCCAGCGCCGCAGCAGCAUCAGCACCGUGCACGUGGACUGGCCCGAGCCCGCGCUCACGCCCGCCAUCAAGUACUACAGCGGGGGCCAGCACCGGCCGCGGCCCGCCGACCUCAGCGCCGCCGGCCCGGCCAAGGUGGGCUUCCCCAUGCCGCGGCCGCCGCCCAAGGCCCACAGCGACCCGGAGGAGGACACGCUCGACGGGGAGAAGGCGGCCGACUCCCACAGCGCCUCCUCGCGCAGCACCCGGCUCUGCCACGGCUCGCUGCCCUGCGACUCCGACCUGUAGGCGGCGCCCCGCAGCCUGCUCUGGCCAGACGCUGUCUGGGCGAAGGACUCUCGCCACCAGGGGCCGACCAUGAACUUGUCUGUUACCUGGCCCCUGGAAACACCUGCCUCGGAGGCGAGCCCCGGACGCGUUCCUGUAACUCGU